AAUGAUAAUAUUUUUGACAAUGCGUGCGCGUUUUUAGUUUUUUUUUGUACUAUUGCGAUGAGUGCUGAAACGUGCGCGUAAAUUUAGUUAAAUGUAAGCCAAAGUGGAUAAAUGCAAUAAACAAGUAGAACAACGAACGACAGCAGAGAGUGAGAUAUAGAGAGGAGAGCAGGGCAGCUACAUACAUAUUUAUUUGGUGCACUGUGGUGGGUAGCCAGCGACCAUCGACCAACAAAAAAGUCCAUAAUUGGCUGCAGGUUGCUGCAGCUGCUGUAGAAAAACGUAACAACGGCGACGUAACGAUUGUCAAUAUGAUUAAUUUGGAUACGACAAACAAAAUUCAAUCGCCAAUAAUGCAGCCGCUACCCUAUUUCCAGGACGAGGCACUGCGGCCCGAUGUGAUUAACGAUGCCGAAUUCAAAUCGAUACCGUUUAUCAACACAAACGAAUACGAUUCGAUAGACAAUGCAAAUGGGAGCGGCAAUCGAGGAUUUCUAUUCCUCGAUGCCGAUGAAAAUCUACAGAUUGCCACACCGGAGCUUUUCUGCAAGAAACUGAAAUGCCAGGAAAUGGACAAAAUCAAAGUGAUCUCAAUAUUUGGCAACACUGGCGAUGGCAAAUCGCAUACAAUGAAUCAAGUAUUUUUCGAUGGCGAGCCCGUAUUUCGCACCUCCACCGAGCAAAGCUCCUGCACCAUUGGCGUCUAUGCGGCCAUGCAGCGGGAGCAGGGCGUCCUCUGUCUGGACACUGAGGGGCUGCUGGGGACCACGGCCAAAAGCAAUAAACGCAUGCGUAUGCUGCUCAAGAUACUCGCGAUAUCGGACAUUGUUAUUUAUCGCACACGCUCGGAACGCUUGCAUAGCGAUAUGUAUGAAUUCCUGGGCACCGCAUCGAAGGCAUUCUGCUUGCAUUUCACCCAAGCGCUGCAGUCCAUGGGCAAUGGCAGCACUCUGGGACCCGCUGUGAUCAUUUUCCACGAGACGCACUACACCAAACCACUCGAGAGCACUGUGGAGGAGAGCGCCGAGGAUAAGUUGCGAAAUAGUUUUGCGCGCUUGAAUUACGAGACGAAUGCAUUCAGCUCAUUGCGCUAUGUGGGCAUUCAGACCGAUGCGAAAAAGUCGACGAAUUUCCAAAAGAUCAGCGAUGCACUGCGUCUGGAGAUUGAGAAUACCGCCGUGCGUUCGCCGCGACAACCGUCGGUGGUGUUCAAGGCGAUGAAGUUGUUGAAUCAGAAAUUUGCCGGCGAGAUCAUUGAGAAGGCAAUCAAUCCGUUUCCCGAGCAGUAUUUCACAUGUGGCGCCCACUGCGAAUCGUGCAGUCGUCGCUGUCAACGCUCCAUGGGCCAUGUGAGCGAUGGUGAGCCGCAUUUCAAUACACAGCACUGCAACUAUCAGCAUCAGUAUGAGAACAAGCUGUAUCUCUGCAAGGCCUGCUACAACAAUGGCAAGGAGAUUGUCGUCAGCAUACGGGCGCAAUCGCAAACGGACACCGCGUGGUCCGGUUGGGCCAAAUACAUGUGGAAGGGCGAUGUCAUCGAGUGUCCCUAUUGCGGUGAAAUCUAUCGUGCUCGCCAGUAUUGGUAUGGCAAUCGAUCACCCGAGGUUUCGGUGGUGCACGUGCAAGUGGUGCAUGUGUGGAAGGGCGGCAGUGCGGCGCAGCGUGCAAACGCACAUUCGGCUCAGAUGGUGCUCGAUAGCGUCAACAGUCUCAGCGAGGCGUUCACAAACAUUUCAGGGCCCUGGGCGAAGGCCUUCAGCGAUCUGCUCGCCGACAAAGUGGCGCCCAGCUAUUGGCGGCCCAAUCAGGAGAUCAUUCUGUGCCACGCUUGCAAGCGCAACUUUGAAAAGACUGGCAUGCCGAAGCACCAUUGUCGUGGCUGUGGCGAGGGAUUCUGUCACACGUGCAGCCAACACAAGUUGCCUGUCCCAGCUCGUGGCUGGCUUCAGCCAGUGCGUGUCUGCAACGAUUGCCACCAACAGUUGCAGCGCAAAUCGGAUGCAACGCCGGCAGCUGAAGCUGACUUUACUUAUUGCAAUUCCCAUCUGUCUGUUGUCGCAUGCACAGGAUCGAAGCCAAGCAACGAUGAGGGCGAUAUCCUGGUGCGCAAAUACGGCGAGACCAUCUACAACACGAUCAGCAGCGUGGCCGCCGUUGCCAUCGACUAUCCCAAAGAGAUGAUCAAGGACAGCGCACGUCCAUCGUAUUGGGUGCCAGAUGCCGAGUCGCCCAGCUGCUUCAUUUGCAAAUCGAUCUUUGGCAGCGCCGAGGAACUGGAGCUAGGUCAGCAUACCAAGCCCAACGCAGCACAGUCAGCGCUCAAAAGCCAAAAGGAACGCAAUGCGCCUUUGGCUGUGAAUGGAGGAGGAGGAGGAGGAGGUCCGUAUGUGCCGGGUGAAUGCCGGCGACAUCAUUGCCGCCGUUGCGGUCAGGCUGUGUGCAGCGACUGCUCCAAGAACCGGAUGCCGGUGCCGGAACGUGGCUGGCAAACGGAGGUGCGUGUCUGUGAUUCUUGUGCCUGUGUGCCGCACUCAUCGUCGAGCAACGGCAGUCGCAACAGCAUCUCUAGCGCCAUCUCGGAUGCCAUCAAUGGCGAUGAUUCCAUAACAGAGAGAGAUCAACAACAGCAGCAGCAGCAUCAACAGCAACAGCAGCGACGUCGCAGCAGCAGCAGCAAUGCGAGCUGUCAGCAAGACUAUCGCAAUGGCAAUGGGAAUGCUGGCAAUGGCAAUGGCAAUGGCAAUUGCAAUGCCAGCGAUGAUGCCAAGGCCAAGACCGAAUGAGACGCGGCCCAAUGGGGCAGCAACGAUGUCACAACAAUCUGGAGCAAAUGCCCAGGCAGGCAUUAGCAAACAGCAAACGACAACAACGAUUGCCGCCGGCUUUCUCCUAAGCUUAAGCUGCUGCUCAACAAAUCGAAGAAUCGUACAAUGUGAUACUAUAUGUUCUGAUACAUCAGUUGUCUAUAUGCACGAGAUCACAGUACUAAAAUCUACAACCAAGGCAUAUAGCUCUGAUUAUCACCUUUGCCUGUACAUACAUUUAAACACACUAGUUAUAUCUCUAUGUAUAUCUUUAUCCUAUACUCUGUAUUCAAAUAUUACCUGCAUCUCUUAAUCCUCAACAUUUCUUACUUGAUCUUUUGUUUUCUUUUUUUUUUGUACCUAUACAUAUACAUAUUUUUGCCUGAUCUUGAAAGUCACUUAGUGUAAUUGUUUGAAUUGAACAAGUC